GGGGGCGUGGCUUUGUACCCAUCAAACAUUACGCACCAUGUGAGAGAGAAAAAGAGAGAGAGAGAGUGAGAGAGAGGGAAAGAGGGAAGGAGGUGUUGUCUUGCUCGUUUUUUAACAGGGUUUUUUGAGGGGAGAGAGAAAGAAAAACAAAAUAGAGAGACAAACAAACAAACAAAAAAGCAAACAAACAAACAAAUUAAUAGCAUCCCUGCUACGUCACAGGUUAGACGGCUCUGGCGCGCGAGGACUCGAUCGCUUGCUUGCACGAAGGACAUCAACAUCCUCAGCAACAUCAGCAGCUGCACGAUUAGCAUCACUGCUGAUCAAUACGGCGUAUCGAUAAUAUUGUAUUUAAAAUAUAUUUUUUAAUUUUUGCAUUUUUUGUUGAUUUUUUUUGAGGUUCCAAGCUAUUGCAACCCUUCACUAUCCACCCUGAGGACCGUAGCAGCCCUGCAGAGAUGUCGGAGGCUUUGACACAGCAAGAGAGACUGCAGGCCAUAGCUGAGAAGAGGAAGCGUCAGGCAGAGAUCGAGAAUAAGAGGAGACAGCUGGAGGACGACCGCAGACAGCUACAACAUCUCAAGUCUAAAGCUCUAAGGGAGCGAUGGCUGCUGGAUGGAGCGCCCUCUAAUGGAGAGAAUGAGGUUCAGAAACAGCUGGAGGAGGAUGAGGCCAAAACUAAACAGCUGGAAAAGACCAUCCUCAGGCUGGAGCAGGAGAUCGAUGAGCUGGAGAAUGGAGUUCCUGCCAAACCUGCUGAGACCCUGGAUGGUCCUGGAAAAGUGGAGAACGGCGUUCAUCAGCCCAGUCCCAAGAAAGCAGUGACGGGCAUCGAGGCUAAGCUUCAGUGCACCAGUCCGGACGCCGCCAUCGAGAACGCCAGCGCUGAACACCCGGUCACCAUGGUGUUCAUGGGAUAUAAGAACGUGGAGGACGAGGCGGAGACCAAGAAGGCCCUGGGCAUCGAGGAAACGGUGAAGGCCGAGUUCGUGGUCAUCGAAGACGGAGAGAGCAAAGCAGCGGCGGAGGGAGCCAAGGACGACAAAACGCCUCCGAACGGCACCACGUCCAGCCCUGAGAAGACCCCGGACGAGAAGAAAGAGGAGGCCAAGGACGAGGAGAAGGCCAAGAAGGAGAAGCAGCCCUGCAAGUGCUGCACCGUCAUGUGAGCUUUAGCGUUAGCUUUAGCUCCACGCUUCAGACUCUACUCAAACCCAACAGAAUACAACCCAAACAACAACCACGGAAAAGCCCGAAACAAAGUACAGUACUGAGCAAAAGUCUCGGGACAGCUAAGAAAAUAGUUAAAAGCUGUUUAUCUCAACAGUAAGUGUGUCUAAAUAAACAUAACAGUAAGCACAAAUACACACAAUUCCAGUUUAAUAAUGAAAUAAAUAAAAAUGUAAAAAUACUGCAUAAUAUUAAAAUAUAUAGUUCAUUACAAUAAUGAUCAGUCAGGCUGAGAUUCUGAUCUAUCAGGGCCACACUUCUGACCAAUCAGUACUGAGCUUUUGACCACUCAGAGAUGGAGUUCUGACCAAUCAGGACAGAGCUAUUGACCAAUCAGGACAGAGCUUUUUAACACACAAUGGUGAGCUUUUAACCAAACAGAGCCGAGCUUUUGACCAGUCAAAGGUGGACUUCUGACCAAUCAGGGCUGAGCAUUUGACCAGUCAAGGGUGGACUUCUGACCAAUCAGGGCAGAGCAUUUGACCAGUCAAAGGUGGGCUUCUGACCAGUCAGGUCUGACCAUUGGACCAAUUAAAGGCAAGUUUCUGCUAAAACAGGGUCAAGCUUUUGACCAAUCAGGGCCAACAUUGGACCAAUCAGUGGCAAGAUUCUUCCAAAACAGGGUCAAGCUUUUGACCAAUCAAGGGCGAGCUACUGACCAGUCAGGACUGAGCUAUUGACUAAUCAGGACCACGUUUCUGACAGUUAAUGAUGAACUUCUGACCCAUCCGAAAUUAAUGUCUGUCCAAUCAGGGCAGAGCUAUUAACUAAUAAUAGUGAGCUUCUGACAAAAGAGGGUCUGACCAAUCAGGGCCGAGCUUUUGACCAGUCAAGGGUGAGCUUCUGACCAGUCGGGUCUGGCCUUUGGACCAAUUAAGGGCAAGUUUCUGCCAAAACAGGGUCAAGCUUUUGACCAAUCAAGGGCGAGCUACUGGCCAGUCAGGACAGAACUAUUGACUGACUGAGUUCUCAACCUGUUGGUAUUGAGCUUUUGAACAGUCAGAAUGAGGUUUUGACCAAUCAGAGAUAAACUUUUGACCUUCUGACCAAUCAAGGGUGAGCUUCUAACCAGUCAAUGCUGAGCUUUGGACCAAUCAAGGGGAAUUUUUUUGACCAAAACAGGGACCAAGCUUCUGACCGGUCAUGGUUAAGUUUCUCACCAAUCAGUGGUGAUUUUUUGACCAGUCAUGCAAAACAUCUGACCAAUCAGAGAUGACCUUCUGAUCAGCCAGUGCUGAUUUUUAUCCUGUCAAAGAGGAACAUUUGACCAAUUAUGGUUAAACUUUUAAACUUUGAUCUGCCACUAAUGGGCUUGGGACCAAUCAGACACCAACUUCUGACACCAAAGUGCUGCUCUUCUACACAAUUAGGCCUGACCUUCUGAUUAAUCAUACUGACCAACAUCUGACCAACCAGAGAUUACCUUCAGACCAGUCUCUGUUGAGCUUUUGACCAGUCAGAGUGAGGUUUUGACCAAUCCGAGAUGAACUUUUGACCUUCUGACCAAUCAAGGGUGAGCUCCUGACCAAUCAGUGCUGAGCUUUUCAACAAUCAGAGAUGAAUUUUGGGCCAAUCAGUGCUGAUCUUCUGACCUGUCAGAUAUAAAUGUCUGAAUAAUCAGAUAUGAUAUUUUGACGAGUCAGGGCUUUGGGUUUUAGCCAAUCAUGGGCAAGCUUCUUACAAAACUGGGCUAAAUCACUGACCAGUUAGAGAAUAACUUCUGACAGAUCUGGAUCAAUAUAUUGCGGUUUAAUAUAUAUAUUAAAAUAUGGUAAGCAAUGCAGUACAUUGUCUUGGAUUGAAACAAAAUACAACACUCCCAUCUAGUGGGUCAGAUUUAAACACAACACUAAAGAACCACUUCAGACACCAAUAUUUACAUGUAAACUAAUAAUUAACAAUCAAUACUGUAUUUUUGAAAAUUGAUAUGUAAUAUUGCAAUACUUUAAAUUAUAUUGAUGUUUUCUUAAACCCCAACAGAUUAAUACAUGCAAAAAGAUGCAAACAGAGAUAUUAGCCAGGUAUCGUACGCAAAAACACCCCUAAUCUGGACCAAAGCUAAUGCAUCCUUUGGGCCACAUCUGACUAUUUAUGGCACUAUAAGGCACACUGGAUUAUAAGGCGCAUUAAGUGACACUGGUAAGGAACAGGGGUGUCGCCAUGUUAUCCUUCUAAUUCAGGUCAAGCUAAGCUAAGUAAACAAAACUAUAAUUCUUAAAAAUAUAUAUUUUAUAGUCAAACGAGCGCUGGGUGUUAAUCUACGCAGAUUUCUUAGCGGCUAAUGCUAAUGCUGCUCCAGCAGUGCUCGCGAGGUUAGCAGCAGGCUACAGGCUGAUAACACUCACCUCUGAAUUGCGAAAGAGCUAGCGCUUAGCAUGGUUAGCGGCUAAUGCUAAUACUGCUCCAGCCUCGGUGCCUUGGGCUUUUAUUAGAUUAUGUUGAGGUGCAAAUUAUCCACCAAUAAAUAAUAUCAAUAUUCUUGCAUGCCUAUACGUACAGAAAAUUAAAUACAAAAACAGAAUACGUAAUAAUAGUAAGUUAAUAUUUAAUUAUUGAUAUGCUAAUAUCAGCAUUAAUGUUACUAUAGUUAAAGUUAUAUUAAUAGAAAUAAAAAAGUAAACACUCACUGUGCAGAUAAACAGCUUUAAAUACCGAUUUUCUCAGGUGACCUCAGACUUUUACGCUGAACUGUAUGUCCCGCACAGCGUCAUCACCGGAGACGUUGUCCCCCCUCGCAGUGUCCGUCCGAGUCCGACAGCAGUCCGAUAAACUGGACUCGGACUGUCGCUGUACGGGUCUGAUCAGCGCUGGUGAUGUCACUGUGUGUAUAUUAUUAUUAUUAUUAUUAUUAUUAUUAUAUAAAUUGGUGUCCAGUAUGUAUUUCUUUUUUUAUUUCUAUUAAUAUUUUUCUAUAUUUCUGUCUUGACAUUUCUAUAUAUAAAUAUAUAUAUAAACAUAUAUUUUCAUUAUGUAAUCUUAUGAUGUUCAGUACUCGUGGAUUGGACAGAAAAUAUAGAAUCAGACUGCAGGUUCCACCCGAUUGGACGGCUUUUUUAGUGUCGUUUCACCUGUCUCACUGUACACACCACACGAAGGACACAGAUUACAGCAUCUCUAUAAAUAUUUAGCUAUUUAUCUCUUGCAUAGUAGUGUUUCUAAAAUAUUACUUUAUUGAUAAGAUGAUAAAAUGAUUAUAUUGACAUGAGAAAGUUAUGCUUUUAUAAUAUAUAUGUACCGUGUUUGGGUUUCUUUUUUUUUUUUUUUUGUCAUUUGGAUCAUCUCAGACCACUGUGAGGAACAGGUACAGUACAUUAUACUGUAGUUCACAAUUGCCCGUCAUGAUAGAGCAAAAUACGUGUAAAUAUAUGUGAUUAUGUAUUUAUAACUGUUCCUGCUGCCAGAAGAUAGGAUACAUUCAGAGAGACCAUAACAAUAACAGUCCUGUAUUUCACAAAUCAUAUUUCACAAAUGUUUUCAAAAAAAAAAUUUAUGCUAACGCUAGUGCUAACUAGCGUAUCCAAGCUCCGCCCACUAAUAGAUUGUUGUGGCUACUGUUGAAAGUUCAGGCUUUCAUAUAAAAAAAUGUAUGCUGUAUCCAGAAAGAUGACAACAAUAACAGUCUUUUAUGUUCACAUGUUGGUGUGGGGUAGUGGAUAACACCACUGCAUGCCAGUGAGCUCACAUCAAGUGGGAGACUGGGGUUCAAUUCCCAAUCUGGGUGACUAUACUGUUCUGUCACUCUGGAUAAGAGUGUCAACUACAUGUCAUAAAAACAAGUUUACGCUAAUGCUAACUAGCAUAUCCAAGCUCCGCCUACUAAUAGAUUGUUGUGGCUAUUGUUGUGAGUUCAGACUUCCAUAUAAAAACAUUAUAUGAUGUAUGCAGAAAGAUGACAAUGAUAGAAGUCUUGUAUGAUCAUAAAUUCAUGCUAAUGCUACUAGCAUAUGCAUUUAGCAUAUCGCAGCUUCACCCAUUAUUAUAUUGUCAUGGCUGCUGUUGUAAAAUUAGACUUAAAUAUAAGAACUUUAUAUGCUGUAUCCAGAAAUGGCACGACAAUACACCCAUUCACAAAUUCACAAGUCAUGUGUUUACACUAAUGCUAAGGAACAGGUGCACAGGCGUCUGUUGUAUCCAGUCUUGCUGCUGCAUUGGUGGCAAUUAGAAAAGAGGCGGAGUCUGACUUUGCACUUAUCAGAGGAGGUGAUCACAUGUUCUGACAGUCCUAGUGUUAAAAUGUGUAAUUGGCCUUCCAAUUUUUUUAAAUAAAUUAUAAUAAAACAUUAGCUAUGACAGAGUACUUUAGUGGGCGGAGUCUUGAGUGGUCAAUGAUAAGUUAGCUCUUAAUUGAGUCCAAAUUUCAGAUUAAUUUAAACCAUUUUCUUUUUUUUUAAGCAAUAAUGCUAAACAGCCACUGAUUAAACAUACACUAUUAUAAAGUCACACCUGUUUUAAAACAAAAACGCCUGUUUUAUCGCUAACACUACACUAAGAGACGUGUCUCUUGUCAGCGGGGGGCAGCAGGUAGCCGGGGGUAUAAUGUUGGUGUACAGUGCUUGCAGUUACUGUAUGUUUUGUACUGUGUGUUUUUUUUUUUCUGGACAAAAAAACAGACUCUACAUCACUCUCUCACUGUUCGCCUGGAUCACAUCCCGAUAAAAAAACGCUCUCAUCUUCACGGUUGUCUGAGUUAAGCUCUGAUCGGACCGGACUCUCGUACGGACUCUCUCGGUGUGCGGUUCUGUCUCUGUGCUGUUUGAGUUCUAGGUGCUUCGUUGGUCUGACCAGUGCCUGUUAAUGGUCCCAGUGUUUGAUUCAGGAAUAUCACGAAUAAAAAAAUAAAUAAUGUUUGUUUACUAUGAA